GCUCGCUCUCUUUAGUAUAUAGAUUGAUGUGCAUAAGCAAAAGUGUUGGUUGGUUCAUUUUACACCGAAAUUGACGGUGCAUUAAUCCUGUGCGGGGUCAGUAGCAGUAGCGCGCGGCGGAAGGAAAUUGGCGAAAAACUCCUGCUGGUGUUCCGAACAGGAAGAUGUAGGAGUGAAGAGGAAGACGACGACAACGACGACCUUAUCUCGAUACGGUUGGUUUUUUUUUCUGCUGCGAUAAUUGCUCUGGACAAACAGGAAGUUUACGAUUUUUGCGCUAUAGAGUGCGGGCUACGCUCGAUGGAAAGCAAGCGACUGACGAGGGUGGUGUGAUUUUAACAAAUUGGCGACGAGUAUAGUGGUGGUGAGCGGCUGAAGGGGAGAAUGUUCAAUCGGCUGAAGAACCGGAUGAUGACGGUGGUCGGGCCGGAUCUGCCUGCACUUCCGUCAUCGGGAGGGGGUAGCAGCAGUAGCAGUGGAUAUCACGGUCAUAGCCGGGAUGGAGAUCAUGGUGGUAAAGGAAAUCUACCGGAAAAGUUCCGUUACGCGCGGCCGCAGUUUCUGCAGUUGUUGACGUACGACGAGCUGAAGGCCAGUGCCGACCACAACGUGCGGCCGAUAAUCGUCCCGAGGGACAUCUCUCUGCUGCCGUGGAGUACCGGUUACGCAGAGUGUGUCAACUCGGGCAAAUCCGAAUGGAACGAGGACCAGGCGGCGUUCCACCGGCAGGUCCUAUCGCAUCCAUCCAAACAGUACCACGAUCUACCGUACACGUACUUUGGGAUCUACGAUGGGCACGCUGGUUACGGAGCGGCACUGGCUGCCUCCAACCAAUUUCACCAUAUCUUGCAUGAAAAACUGGUGGACAUCAUCGAUCUGUUGAUGCCACGGAUGGAAGAAGACGAUCCGGUUGCAACCGGAAUGGGAGUAGGCUUGAAUGCAAUCCUACCGCAUCCGAUCCUGUUUCACAAGCAAGUAUCCAAGGACGAGCUAAUUGUCGGUGCCCUGGAAGCAGCUUUUGCCGACAUGGACGCCAUGCUGGCAGAAGAUCGGGAUAAGUACCGAAACGCCGGCGGUUGUACAGCUCUGGUAGCGUUGUUCAUCCUUGGGAAGCUAUUCGUAGCCAACGCUGGAGAUUCCCGAGGUAUCCUCUGCAAGCGAGUUCACCGGAAGAAGCUUCCGAACGUGCGACCUCCCGCGGUUCACGAGGAAGUCGUGAACGGAGACGCCGUAACGGAGGAAGAAGACGACGACUAUUUAGUGUACGCUGAACCCUGCUCAUUUGACCACACUCCGGAGACGGAGCGGCCCCGGUUACUCUCCAUUGGGAAGCUCAAUCCAAACCUGAUGGGUGGCGAAUAUGUCGCGAUGGAAUACGCCAAGAAACCGAUGACGAAAGAUCUGGGCACCCGGAUCCUCUACCGACAGGGAACCAUGAAAGGAUGGACCUACAAAACGUUGACCCGAAACGAUCUCAAAAUGCCGAUCGUCACGGGAGAAGGCAAACGAAGUCGCCUACUCGGCACCAUCGGCGUAACGCGGGGCUUUGGUGAUCACGAUCUGAAAGCCCUGGGCAGUGGACUACCGAUCAAACCAUUCCUCAGCUGCCACCCGGAAGUGGUGUGCAUAGACCUCAGUAAGAUCGAAACCGAUCCGACCGAGGACAACGUCGACGGAGACUACGGCGUUCUGGUCAUGGCGACGGAUGGGCUCUGGGAUGUGACCUACUCGCAGAAAGUAUCCAAUGCGGUGUUUUCCACGCUGAAGAAGUUCCCUACCGAACGGCAUCGGUACACCAUGGCCGCCCAGGAACUGGUCGCCAAGUCACGUGGCCGGGCCAACAUCAACGGCCACUGGAGGUUGUCCGAUUCCCGGGCGGCUGCCACCGUCGAUGACAUCUCCGUCAUCGUCAUUCCUGUCUAUCAGUACUACUUGGAGUACCUCGAGUGGAAGCGGUCCCUCCAGAGACCCAAACCGGCUCCGGUGCCCACAAGCGCGGUAGUCACAGCAGAAGAAGCUAUCGCAGGGGAACUGAACCAUCUGAGUUCAUCAUCCGAUUCCGAUCCCCUGGAGGAUGCCCGGGAGCCACCCAGCAACAAUGAUAUUAGCUCCUUGCCGACGGCUGCCGACGAGGAUGCUGCCGUUUUACCCAAGUAGAACAUCACAGAACGCAGGAUUUUACUACUUAACAACAGUAACGUUCACACGAACGAUUGUACGGGCUCUACUACUAUCCUUUCCUCGACAUAGAAACGUGAUUUUAUUUUUAUUCCAAGAAGUUUAGAAAAUGUUUGAUAGCAAUCGCUUCGAAACGCCGCGCUUCUCGUUGGACGAAAGCCCAGCUGAUCGUUGCCGUGCGUCGCGCGGUUGAACCGUGAUUAAAGAUGAAAAUAGCACCUAUGUUUAGUGAUCUUAGACUACUACUGCUACUACUACAAUUACUAUUACACUCACACACACACACACACACACACACCCAGACAGAAAAAUUAGCGGAAAUGAUCAAACAGUAACCAAUAAGCUAUUGUUCGCUCUGAAAAUAUUAUGAUGAAAGAAAUAGCUAAAUAUAAAAUUUAUUUAAACUCC